UAUUAACGGUUAUGUAUGUGUCAUCAGCUGAUGCUGCUUCUAAUUCGUUUUUCCCGUGCCAUAUAUACGACAAAAUAUAUAUAUUUUUCAUCUUCUGCGAAAGAGAAGGACAUUCAGGAAGGCUAGCAAAAUCCAGAGAGACGAACAAAUCAUGCAGGAAGAUAGAUAGUGUUUGUAAAGAGAUUCUUCUACCAGUGGUUUCAGCAUUAAGUUCAUAAUAUUUCAUUUCAAGGUUCUUCAGAAGUUGCAUAAGCAUUGGUAACUCUGCAUCAACCUCAUCAUGAUGAUCAGGCUCCUCAGAAACCAAACCUCCUAAACUUCGUUUCCACACACAGAAACCAUUUGGUCUAUAACAUCACAGAAAUCAUGAUCAGCCUCCUCAGGAAGCCUGCGCGAUAGUUAGAAAUUCACAGGAGGCAACCAAAACCAACCCGAUCAUCGAAAGCACCAGAGAGAAAGAGCCAAGAAUCGUAAGCAGAUGGGUGCGACAAGACCAAUGAUCAAUGGCACUGACAAGUUAUCAUCAUCAUUACAAGACCCACUGGCGUAUCUCUAUCUCUUGUCUGUUGGUAGCGCAAAGCUUCUGAUACAGAUUGGGGUGAUAUGGGUGUCGGAUUUUGUAGAAGCCUAUUUAAAGAAUAAUUAAAAUGAUUUAACUAUAAAAACUAAAAUACAUUUAUUCGAGUUUGGCAAGAAAAAAAACGUUUUAUAUUUCUUUGAAACACCAAUAAAUAUUACAAUUAAUUUGUCUUUUUUUUAAAACGAAAUUAAAUUUGUCUUAGAUGGUACUCUUCCUCAUUUUUCAUAAAUACAUAAUUGCUUUUAAUAAGUUUAACUUGAAAUCAGUUACAAAAAAAAAAAAAAAGUUUAAACUUGAAUUGGAGAUUAAGCAAACGGAAGAGUCUUCCUGAAUUAAGUCGGAAUCUUUCUUAAAUUUGGAAAGAGUGAGUUCUUGACUUGUUGUACUGUAAAGCCAAAUCUCACAGUACAAUGGCAAAUAACCUCAAGCACCCAUUCGAAGAUCCACCCUCUUCAAGCGCCGGUGAGGAAGAAAUAGAGACUGAAGAAGAAGACCAGCAGCAUCUGCAUACCAUCUUUUCUUCAGAAGAAGACGAACCCGAAGAUCCUCCACCGAGAUCUGUCUCUAAGAAGCGUCUCUCAACCAACGUGAGUAAUUCAACGAAUGUAGCCAAGAAAAUUUAUAGACAAGGUGGGAAGAUGGGAACUACUAAUAAUAAUACACCAUCUUUUGCGAGAGUGUUUAGUGAGAAAGAUGAGAUUGUUUUGUUACAAGGUGUAAUUGAUUCCCAAGUGGAGAAUCCAUUAAAAUAUAAGCGCAGUUUCUACCAAUCAAUGAAGGGUUCUUUUAGCUUCGAUGUUACCUUGGUUCAGUUCAAGGACAAGAUCCGUAAUCUGAAAAGAAAAUAUAAAGCCAAAGAGAAGAGCGGUGAACAAGCUGCUUCUGCUUCGAAUCCGCAUCAACAAAAGUGCUUUCAGUUAUCAAAGGCUAUCUGGGGAGCUGAUGGGAUAGCUUUUGAAUCAAAGGAGAGUGAGAGGGGAUUGACAAAGAAGCGUGACUUGGUCACUCCAGGUAUGGGUAAUAAUAAUGCUCAAGAAGAUAUGGAGAAGGCACCACUUGUUGAGAAAGAAUCUACUGAUUGGGAUGAUGAAAGUUCUUUCUUUCUUGGUAUGGAUUUUCUGAAAGAGAAAUGGACCAAGUUGCCUGCUGAGAGUAAGAAGGGAACCCAAGAGAAGAUGAAGAAGUUGCAUGCCAAUGAACUUGAAUGUCAAAAAUAUGAAGAGAUGCUGAAGGUUAUGAAAGAUAAAUGUGCACGUGACAAGGUAGAGCUCUUGAAUGAGGUUACCUCUUUGAUCAUGGCAGCUGAUUAGAUCCCUGUAUAGUUUUGUUAGUUAUUGGGUUCUCUUUUUUUUUUUAGUUGCAAUGGCUCUCAAUGAUCGCAAUAUAUAUAUAUACAUAUAUGUUUAUGGGUUUUAUUUAGAUUCAAUGCUUUAAGUGUUGUGUGUUAGCUUAUGAUUCUCUAUUUUUGGAUUGUUGCCUAUGUGUGAAAACAACAUGUCUUUGCAUCACAAGCAAAACAAGAUGUCGUUUGAAGAGCUUUUUGAUCAAUGGUUACACCAAAUCAGCACAUACUACAAAGCGUAUUAUUAGAACUCCGUUUGAAAUGUUUAUUAGUUUCCUAAUUGUUUUUUUUUUAGUUUAAAGUUAUUUUAUAUUUAUUUAAAAAAUUAAAAGGAAAGUGUAUUUAAAUAUCAAGCUGUAAUAAUUUUGGCUUAAAUAUGAUAUAAAUAAAAUAUUAAAACUUAAAUUAAUCAUAAAUGACAAUGGGAAACGGAAGACUCUUCCAUUUUCAAAACCUUCCUUAUAUUCGUUAAGAGAUUUAUUUUGUUCAUAAAACCCUAAAGCUUUCAGCGCAACACUUCAAUGGCAAAUAAUAUGAAGCACCCAUUGGAAGAUCCACCAUCCCUAUCUUCAAGCGCCGCCGGCGAGUUCUUGUUCAUUUCAUCUCAAGAAGAAGAUGAAGAAGACCAGCAGCAUACCAUCUUUUCUUCUGAUGAGGGCGAACCCGAAGAUCCUCCACCGAGGAGUUCCAGCGAGGCUCUGCUGUUUGGUAGGAGGAUCUCAACCAACGUGAGAUCGAAGCGAGCCAGGAGAAUGUAUACACAAGGUGAGAAAAUAGGAGCAGAUCAUAGAAGACUGUUUAGUGAGAAAGAUGAGAUUGUUUUGUUACAAGGUGUAAUUGAUUCCCAAGUGGAGAAUCCAUUAGGAGACAAUCGCUCACUCUACGAAUCCAUCAAGGGUUCUUUUAGCUUCGAUAUUACGUUGAGACAGUUUAGCGAGAAGCUUCGGACUAUGAGGAGGAAAUAUACAACUAAAGAAAUGAGGGGUGAACAAGCUUCUGCUUCGAAUCCUCAUCAACAGAAGUGCUUUCAGUUGUCAAAGGCUAUUUGGGGAGUUGAAGGGAUAGCUUUUGAAUCUGCUAACGGUAAAUCAAAGGAGAGUAAGAAGGUUGACUUAGUCACUCCACGUAAGGGUAAGAAUAAUGUUCAAGAUGGUAGUAAAAGAGAAGAUAUGAAGAAGUCACCACAUGUUGUGAUAAAAUCUGAUUGGGAUGAAAGUUCGUUUUUUCUUGGUAUGGAUUUUCUGAAAGAAAAAUGGACCAAGGUGCCCACUGAGACUAAGAAGAAAACCCAAGAAAAGAUGAAGAAGUUGCAUGCUAAUGAACUUGAAUGUCAAAAAUAUGAAGAGAUGCUGAAGGAUAUGAAAGUUAAAUGUGAACAUGACAAGGUAGAGCUGUUGCAUGAGGUUACCUCUUUGAUCAUGGCAGUAGAAUAGAUAAAAAUAUAUUGGGUUCUCCUUUUUAGAUGCAAUGGCUAUGUGAUCGCAACAUAGAUUCAGUGCCUUUGUUGUUUUAAAACCUAAGAUCUCAACUUUUUGGCAUCUUUUUGUGUGUUUGAUUAGCUUAUGAUUUUCUAUUUGGAUUGUUGCCUAUGAAACGAGCAAAUACUAUAGAAAACUUUGUUUCAGUUUAUGCAAAUUGUAUUCACUAGUUGUAGCCUCCUCCUAGACAUUCCCAGUCAUCAUCGAAAGCACCAGAGAGAGAGAGAGCCAAGAAUCGUAAGUAGAUGGGUGCUAUAAGACCAAUGAUCAAUGGCCUCACGUUAACUUACGUAUCAUUAGAAAACCACUGACGUAUGUCUCUGUUGUCCGUUGGUAACAAUCCUCAAAGGAGCUGUGGGUUGACAGCGAGCGUUGAGUUGUGAAUACGUUGCGCCGCCCGCCAGUACCUCCGGGUAGAUCCUCUUCGUCGACGGCUGUUGCGAUGAUAUCGUCUGCUAGAACGUCGCAUUGUAGGCAGUAGUUGUUUACGAAAAAAGAAAAAAGUUUACAAAAGGUUUUGUGUGUUUUAUUAACUUUCAAAACAGUAAAUUUAAAUAUAAUAUAUAUUACAUAUAUAGCUAAAUCAUAAAUAUAUAAAGUAGAAGAAUAAAUUAUUAAACUAAAUACUUGACAGUUGACAAAAAAAAAAACUAAAUACUUGACAAGAAAGUUAUUAAACUAAAUACAAUUUUUGAAAUAAUUUGUAACUUGUUGACAAAAAAAUAAAAUAAAUAAUUUGUAACUGAACAUAUUUUAUUUAGAGUUCUCGGUAACAAGCCAGCAAGGGUUAAUAUAACCGACGACGAGACUAGCUAGAUUCUACCAAACAUUUCUGGCUAUCAUAUGCAAAGGUUAAAGCGAUGCUCACAGGAGCAAGCAUGGUAGGAAUAUUCACCGGGCUUCUCAAGAUGAUUUCAUCACCUGAGGUGACAGUACUGUAAAAAAUAAUUAAUUGAGAUGGUGAUGACGUCAUUGGAAGACUCGCGAACCAGAUACAUUCCAACCACAUAUUAUUUUACACGUGUUUUCCACUUUCACUUUUAUAACAGACUCUAUGUUUGUGUAAUUAUUAGCUUGCUCUAAACUAAAGUGUGUCGUGCACGACAAAAAGAAAAAAUCCUUCUAAUGUGUUAAGAAAAGCACAGGGAAACCGAAGAGUCUUUAGCUUAAGAGUUAAGAGUGAGUUCUUGACUUGUUGUACAGAAAGCACUAAAGCUUUCAGCACUCAUAGAAUCCAAAAAGCCAAUCACACUACAAUGGCAAAUAACCUCAAGCACCCAUUCGAAGAUCCACCAUCAUCCCCAUCUUCAAGCGCCGGCGAGAAAGAAAUAGAGUUUGUUUCGUCUCAAGAAGAUGAAGAUGAAGAAGGGCACCAGCACACCAUCUUUUCUUCUGAUGAGGACGAACCAGAAGAUCCUCCACCGAGGAGUUCCGGCGAGGCUCAGCUGUCAGGGAGGAAGCGGCUGAGUGAAGGGAUCUCAAGUAGCAACGUGAGUUCGAAACGAGCCAAGAAAGGUCAGAAGAUGGGAACUAAGAAGAGACUGUUUAGUGAGAAAGAUGAGAUUGUUUUGCUACAAGGCAUAGUUGAUUACAAAGGGAAGAAUCCAUUAGAAGAUAAGCGUUCACUUUACGAAUCAAUGAAGGGUUCUUUUAGCUCUGAUGUUACCUUGGAUCAGUUCAGGGACAAGAUUCGUCAUAUGAACAACAAAUAUACAGCUAAAGAGAAGAGCAGUGAACAACAGGCUUCCAUUUUGAAUCCUCAUCAACAAAAGUGUUUUCAGUUAUCAAAGGCUAUUUGGGGAGCAGAUGGGAUAGCUUUUGAAUCUGCUAACGCUAAGUUAAAGAAGAGUGAGGGGAGAGUAUCAAAGAAGCGUGACUUGGUCUCUUCACUUAAGGGUAAGAAGGCUCAAGAAGCUAGUAAUUAUAAAAGAGGAGAUAUGAAGAAGUCUUCACUUGUUGAGAAAGGAUCUGAUUGGGAUGAAAAUUCUUUCUUUCUUGGUAUGGAUUUUUUGAAAGAAAAAUGGACCAAGCUGCCAACUGAGACUAAGAAGGGAACCCAAGAGAAGAUGAAGAAGUUGCAUGCUAAUGAACUUGAAUGUCAAAAGUUUGAAAAGAUGUUGAAGACUAUGAAAGAUAAAUGUGCACAUGACAAGGUAGAGCUCUUGAAUGAGGUUACCUCUUUGAUCAUGGCAGCUGAUUAGAUCCAAUGUAUUGGUUUCUAUUUUUAGAUUCAAUCGUUAACAUGUUAACUUUCUCAUGUUUCUUUUUGUGUAUUGUAUUAAUUAGCUUAUCCUUCUCUA